CCAGUCAACACAAACGACCAUGUCAUUGUCGGUGGACGAGCGUUUCACGCUGAUCAAUCGCAACCUGCAGGAAAUCCUCGGCGCUGACGAGCUCAAGAAGCUUCUUGCCGAGCGCGACCCGGUGCUCUACUGGGGCACUGCGACCACCGGUCGCCCGCACAUUGGCUACUUUGUCCCCAUGACCAAGAUUGCCGACUUCCUCAAGGCUGGCUGCCAGGUCACCAUCCUGUUCGCAGACCUCCACGCCUACCUGGACAACAUGAAGGCACCGUGGGAGCUGCUCAAGCUGCGCACAGAGUACUACGAGGCCGUCAUCAAGGCGCUGCUCGAGUCGGUCGGCUGCAACUUGGAAAAGCUCAAGUUUGUGCGCGGCACCAGCUACCAGCUGUCGGAGGCGUACACGUUGGAUGUCUACCGCAUGUCGUCGCUGGUGACCGAGCACGACGCCAAGAAGGCUGGCGCUGAAGUCGUCAAGCAGGUCGACAACGCUCUGCUCUCCGGCCUCCUCUACCCGGGCCUCCAGGCUCUGGACGAGGAGUACCUCAAGGUGGACGCGCAGUUUGGCGGCGUCGAUCAGCGCAAGAUUUUCACCUUUGCCGAAAAGUACAUGCCCGCUCUUGGCUACAAGAAGCGCAUCCAUCUGAUGAACCCGAUGGUGCCUGGUCUCCAGGGCUCCAAGAUGAGCUCGUCCGAGCCCGACUCCAAGAUUGAUCUUUUGGACGACCCCAAGGCUGUCAACCUGAAGCUCAAGAAGGCCUUCUGCGAGGAGGGCAACGUUGAGAACAAUGGCGUCCUCAGCUUUGUCAAGAUGGUGCUCAUGCCGCUCCGAUCGCUCAAGGGCAUCACGACCUUUGAGAUCACGCGCCCAGAAAAGUACGGCGGCAACCGCACCUUCAACUCCUUCCAGGAGCUCGAGGAUGCGUUCAAAAACCGCGAAAUCUUCCCGACCGACCUCAAGAACGCCGUCGAGACCGAGAUCAACGGCCUCCUCGCCCCAAUCCGCGCUCGCUUUGACAACCCUGACCUGAUCAAGCUGACCGAGCAGGCCUACCCUCAGGAGGCCCUGUUCGCGCUCGUCAAGAACUACGACGCUGAGAUUCGCAAGCCCGAUGCCAACGUUACCGCUCUGCACGCCGCCGCCGUCGCCAAGGCCGAGCAGCACGCGCCCGCUGGCCCCGUCACCGACUCGCGUGGCAAGCGCACCGCCAAGGGUGCCCUGCUCGACACCCUGAAGGAGAUGGCGGACAAGCCAAAGAAGGUCAUCAACCCCUCGGUGCUGGCUCGCCUUGUUACUGACUGCUUCAUCACCGUGUCGACCGUGGCAUCAUCGUCGGAUGCUGCGGAGGGCGAGAGCAAGGACGCCGCUCUCGCAAGCUCCUCCGGCGAGGCUGCUGACUCUGGCAAGGGCAAGAAGGCUGCUGCUGCAUCAUCCACGCCAAAAGGCGGCAAGGCGGCUGCUGCUGCAGAGACGGAGGCCCCCGUCGAUGUUGCUCGCAUUGAUAUUCGCGUCGGCCGCAUUGUUUCGGCAGAGAAGCACCCCGAUGCCGACUCGCUCUACCUGGAGAAGAUUGACCUUGGUGAGGCUGCUCCUCGCCAAGUCAUCAGCGGCCUGGCCAAGUUCAUCCCACUGGACCAACUGCAAGGCAAGUUGGUGCUGUGCGUGUGCAACCUCAAGCCCAUGAAGAUGCGUGGCAUCGAGUCGCAAGCAAUGGUGCUCGCCGCCUCCAACGCCGACCACUCGAUUGUUGAGCUGCUCAUCCCGCCAGAGGGCAGCAAGCCAGGCGAUCGCGUCGCCGUGGAGGGCUUUGCUGGCACCCCCGACGCCGUUCUCAACCCCAAGAAGCUCGUUUUCGAGACCGUUGCGGCAGAGUUCACCACCACCGACGAUCUUGUCGCCGUUUACCGCAACGUGCCAUUUACCGUCAACGGCAAGAACGUUGUAGCGCCUACGCUCAAGAAGGCCACCAUCAAAUAAUCAAACCACACUUUGGUGAAUGUGAACUUUUUAGUUUUUUUGGCUCGUUGUGAUUCGCUUCCUGUCGUGGUUUGUGGUUGUUGUUUUUUUGUUGGGCAAUACAAGCUUCGCUCUUGA